AUGGCAGGUGAUGUAUGGAAUGACGUGGUUGUGGCCCAAGAGGACACAUCCGUCACCAUCUCCUGCUUUAAGUCGCCACCCACCUCAUCCGUAAUGGUCACCUGGAAGAUGAUGUCAGUGAGGGAGGACCGCUGGUCAUAUUUACUCUCAGCCAGCUGCAUUGAUGGACAGACAGACGGACGCAGAAGCAGAGUGUUUUUAGGCAGAACUUUUGAGAUCUCUGCAGAUGCAUCGCUUGUCUUCAUCGCUGCAGCAGCCACUCAAGGACGAUACUCCUGUGUGGUAGAACAAGAUGACAAGAAGCUGCAGGAGAGGAUUGUUCUUCUCGCUCUGGUUAAAUUAUCUGUCACUCCUACACCCCCUGUCACAGUGGACAGGACUCUGAGACUGGCAGCUCAGGUGUCUCCCGCCUCUGUGGCCGCCGGGGGAGCGUGGGUGUCUCCCUCGGGCGAGUUGCUGUACACCGAGAUCUCUCAUGGCAUGGGCCGUCUGCUCAGUAAACUGCCUCGUGUCACCAGUAAAGACAGCGGAGUCUAUACCUGCAGAAUCCGUGUCCAUGGGAACAGCAGCACGUCUGACUUCGAGCACCGGGUGAAUGUGACAGUGAACGUGAGAGCUGUGUUUUCUUUCACAGAUGUGACACAUGGAGACUCAAGGUCCAUGGCAGUCCUCUCUCGUUCAGUGGUCACUUUAACCUGUCCUUCUGUCCUUGGUGACUAUGUGCUGCUUUACUGGGAGUAUCCUGAUUCAAAGAGAAUGGAGCUCAUAUUCCAGUAUGACCGAUGGAGGCGGAGCUACACCAACCAGACCAAACUCCACCUUCAUCUGACAGGCUCCGCCUCUCUUGCUACUGCUGGGAACUUCUCUUUCUCUUUAAGCCCCGAACUGAAGGAUGGAGGACUCUACUUGUGCGAGGUCUUCCUGGAUGACAAGGCUUUCAGUCAAGCCAACAAACUGAGUGUUUUGCAUGGAUACACCAGGUCAUCCCACAGAUCCCUGGAUCUGAGUUGCAUGUACUCAGAAAGAUCUCAGGUCAAAUCUGUGAGAUGGUCUCAUGUUCAGGAUCCAAAUCGCUCACUACAAACUACUGCCGUUUUGGGCCGGAUCACGACUUCCGUUGCACUUCCUGUGACCUCUAAGACGGCUGGACAGUACGCUUGCACUCUUUAUCUGGAAAAUGGCAAAUCAGUUCAAUAUAUGCACACCGUCACAAAAAUAGCUCCAACAGUUUCUCCAGGCCCUGCACUGCCACCUGCAGAAGACAUUUCAGCUCAUUCUUAUGUUUCCACCUUCUCCUUCCUGCUACUUCUGAUACCCAUGAUAGCUGUAGCUGUUGGUGUGUUGCUAUGGAAACGGGGCUAUUGCGUCACCCGCCGAAGUGUCGAGCAGUCGUUGUCGUACCACUCCGGAGAGGUGGAGAACAUCUAUGAAAAUCCUGAUGAUCUGAGACAGACACCUCCCCAAGGCGCAGUCUACAUGGAUCUCAAGCCAACGGGUGAAAUGGAUGUAUAUAAAGAAUUGGAGAGAUACAACCAGUGCUGUGGCUGAUUUUGUUAAAUACAGUUAGGUCC